AUGUCCUCACCAACUUCCUCGUCAUUGUAUCCAAUUCAUCUAUUGAUGGAUGAAUUGAAAUCUGAAGAUGUGGUAUUAAGAUUAUCAUCAAUUCGUAGAUUAUCUACAAUCGCAUUAGCCCUCGGACCACAACGAACAAGAGAUGAAUUAAUCCCUUUCUUACAAGAUCAGUUGGAUGAUGAGGAUGAAGUACUCCUCGUCCUAGCCGAAGAACUAGGUGGUUUUGCUGAGUACGUGGGAGGGAAUGAAUAUGCUUGGAUCGUUUUGGGUCCUUUGGAGAAUUUGGCGGCUGUUGAAGAGACUUUGGUCAGAGAUAAAGCCGCAGAAUCAAUCUCCAAAUUAUCAUCCCUUCUCAGCGCUCAAGCAAUUGAAGAACAUCUCCUUCCACUGCUACAACGGCUUUCCCAAGGUGACUGGUUCACCUCUCGAACUUCAGCUUGUGCAUUAUUUGCUGCUCCUUAUCCUCUCGCCAAUACUCCCAAUCAAGAAGAGAUGAGAAAGAUGUUUGGCGUUUUAUGCGCAGAUGAAACUCCAAUGGUCAGGAGAGCCGCUGCUAAAGCUCUAGGCCCAUUCGCCAAAUCCGUUGCCGAAUGUCCCAAUCAACAUCCCAUCUUACUUUCUGAUAUAAUCCCAUUAUAUCGUAAACUAGCUUCCGAUGAUCAAGAUUCAGUUAGAUUACUUACUAUCCCAGAUUUAAUCGCUAUCUCAGCUGCGUUAAACCCUGAAGAAGUCAAAGAACACAUACUCGAGCCAUUGAGAUCGAGUGUUACCGAUAAAUCUUGGAGAGUAAGAUAUAUGGUAGCGAAUGAAUUCGUUGGUUUAGCUGAAGGUGUAGGGGAAUCUAUUAUACGAGAAGAAUUAGUUAGUGCUUUUGUAGGUUUAUUGAAAGAUAAUGAAGCGGAAGUUAGAACUGCUGCCGCCGGUCAAGUUCCAGGCUUCGCCAAACUCGUUGACAAAGAGGUCAUCCUUGCCAAAUUCUUGCCAUGUGUCAAAGACCUCUCAACAGAUUCAAGUCAACACGUCAGAGCAUCACUCGCUAUGCAAAUCUCAGGACUCGCUCCUCUCCUAGGAACAGAAACUACUGUAGAAAAUCUUUUACCUUUGUUCCUUCAAUUGUUGAAAGACGAUUUCAGUGAUGUCAGAUUAAACUUGAUUGGUAAACUUGAUAUGGUCAAUGAAGUCAUCGGCAUCGAACGACUUUCUCAAGCGUUACUUCCAGCCAUUAUGGAAUUAGCAGAAGAUAAACAAUGGCGUGUAAGACAAGCCAUAAUUGAAUAUAUCCCAUUACUAGCUCAACAAUUAGGCGUUUCAUUCUUCGACGAUAAAUUAGGUCAACUUUGCAUGUCAUGGUUGGGCGACACCGUUUUUUCAAUCAGAGAAGCUGCAACUAUAAAUCUCAAGAAAUUGACAGAUGUCUUUGGUGUCGAAUGGGCAAAAUCAACUAUCAUACCUAAAGUCUUGGAAAUGGGUGAUCACCAAAAUUACCUUUAUAGAAUGACAACUAUCUUCGCUAUUACCACAAUGGCACCUUCACUCAAUGUUCAAAUCAUCCGAGAUACAGUACUCCAAUCGGCAUUGAAUUUGGCUUCUGAUCCAAUCCCAAAUAUCAGAUUCAACGUAGCGAAAUGUUUGGAAACUUUAGCUGCUGUAUUGGCUUCUAACCCAGAAGGACAAGAGAUCAUUUCUCGAAAAGUCAUUCCUGCUCUCAAGAAAUUACAAGAUGAUUCAGAUGCAGAUGUCAGAUUCUUUGCUACUAAAGCUUAUGACAGAACUACUGGUGACAGUAAUGGUGAACCCAUGAUAUUAUCAUGA